GUAGGCCGAGAAGAAGUGACUUACCUUAGCAUCCUGAAGUCGACGGUUCCACCUACCCACUACGCACUUAGCUCUAGUGGAUCGCGAACUAUGCACCGUUCAAGGGAAGCGGCGAGCUUAUUGGGCCAAAGCUGUCUAGCAGCGGGAGCCCUGGUCAUCGUCGGGAGCAUCAAUGCUGUCUUGGGAACCCGGUGGCUGCGAGGGUUCGACUUACGAAGCGUUAUUUCCGAGAACCGGGCCGGGCUGCGAAGGUCUAGGUAUGGUAUGGAGAAGAUGCAGGUCGAGAGGGUGGUGGUGCCAAGUCCGCGGACUGAGCUGGCGGGGUCAUGGAGGGGCAUUGUCCGAGUUUUCCCCACCUCAGGCAGGCAUUGUGAGGCUGUAACGAGUCUUAAGCUAUCCCAGGCGCAACAGCCACGGUGCGAGCAGAAGGAAAUGGUGCUGUACGGCGUGGAGUGCUCUAGCGAGCUAUCCCAAAUACUGCCUUCAAUGAGGCGUCGCUAGGUCGGCGAGGCCACGCUUUGUAUGGUUCCAAAAUGUCGUGCUUUGUGCUCCAAGAAGCUGUGGGUGGGGUGGCCAUCACAACAUCGCAGGCCGCCCGCGCAGUUGAAGAUUACUUUCCUAUGCCAGCACCCCGGCCUUGAGCUCACGCCGAGCGCUGCUUGUCUUGAAGCAGCCAGACCGCCCCCUUCUCGCGCUGCAGAUUGGCCAGUAUGCUCGACGUGCGAUGGCAGAA